AUGGCCUCCUUCAGGUCUCUGGCUGCUCUUGCAGCUCUUUCUCUCGUUCAAAAUGUUCACUCGUGGAACAUCGAUCUUCCUAUUUGCACUGAACCCUUCCAGCCCUUUGUGUACUCGGGAUGUUAUCAGGAUCUCAAGAACCCCAAUGCUCUGAUCUUCAGGAGCGACCUCGACACUCAGAGCAUGACGGUGGAGCUCUGUGUUGCUGAGUGCAAGGGUAAUGGCUAUCGCUAUGCUGGUCUGGAGUAUUAUGGUGAAUGCUAUUGUGGAACCAGCGUCAAUGGUCCCCAGGUCGACGAGUCCGAGUGCACGUUCCCCUGCACUGGUAACUCAUCGGAGACAUGCGGAGGGAACAGCUUCAUCAAUAUCUGGCAAGACACUACGUUCCCCACGGAGGAGGCGACCAUUGCGGACUACGUCUCCCUAGGCUGCUACACCGACGACUCUGACAGUGGCCGCACCCUCUCCUAUCCUAUGGACAAUGUCGACUCGGCCACCAUGACCACCGAGAUCUGCCUGGAUGCCUGCAAGGACGCCGGCUUUCCGUUCGCCGGCACUGAGUAUGGCGGCGAGUGUUGGUGCGGUGUCGUUGUUGGCAACUUCUCCACCUCGGCCCCGUCUGAUGAGUGCUCCAUAGCCUGCAACGGCGACUCCAGUGAGAUCUGUGGUGGCCGAUCUCGCCUGAAUCUUCUUGCCGCCGACCAGUUCCACGAGCUCGGUCAGCUCAACCAGCUCUGCGUCUACGUCAUCCACGUCGACCACUUCUUCUCAGCCCGUGACAUCAUCCAAACCUGUCACAUCGUCUACGACAAGCUCGGUAAAGACAUCAUCUACCACGUCUUCCUCUACCAAGAAAACAUCAUCUACCACAACUUCAUGCAAGGAAACAACCACGAGCAAGCCGAAAACCACCUCGACGAGUACGUCAACCAAGAAGACGUCGACGACGACCUCACCUUGCAAGGAGACAACUACGUCAAAGACAAGCUCAACGAAGACAACGAAGACAACAUCUACCACAACGCCUUGCACUACUAG